AUGAGCUUGAGCUUCACGCCUCCCCAAUCCUUCCUGUUCCUUCUCCUUUUGCUCCCGAACUGCGGCAUCGGCGCCGUCCCUUCCCCGUUCCAGCUGGCCCCAGACACCCCGGCCCCAGCCGAGCCCACGCCGACCCGGGCUACACCUCGGCCGGACCCUUGUGAAGGACGACCCUGCCUCAAUGGGGGGUUCUGCCUUGGCCUCCUGUCUCGAGACGGGCUAGAGGACACCUGGGAGUACACCUGCACGUGCAGUCAGGGCUUCACUGGACAUAACUGUGAGUUUUUCACAGACCUGUGUUCCAGCAGUCCCUGUCUCCAUGGAAACUGCAGCCUGCACAGUAGGCAAGGGGAGGGGGAGCCGACUUACACCUGCGAAUGUAGCGAAGGAUAUGAGGGCCCGAGGUGCGAUCAAAUUGUAAUGGCUGUGGCUGAAUGGGACCCUGUCUCCCCUUCGGCUCCUGAAUUGGCCACUCCUGUCACAUCUGCAACUUCAGCAGCCACUCAACCACCACCUUCAACCAGCGUGUCCCCCAGCACCACACUGGGAACUGCUACUCUGCCGCCAUGGCAACCCAAAACCGGGCAGCGACUUCUGAUAGUUCCGUGGGAGGCAGACAGGGUGACUGAAGGUCUACACUGUGUGAGCCCAGAGCUGUGUGAGCUGACAGCAACACUGACGUUAUCUCUGGAGGUGCCAGAGGAAACGGCUGUGAAGUUGGUGGUGAACGCUGGUGGUGCGCCGGUGCUGUGGCGUGUGAGUGAAGAAGGCUUCCUGCGUUCUUCCUACAUAAAUGGCUCUAAAAUGUGGUUCAUGCAAGCCACCAAUGGGCUGGUGGUCCCUGACCAUGCGUUGCCUCUGGGACAAAACUACUUCCUAAGUGUGAUCCAGGUUGGUGCCCCCACAGCACCGGAGGUCACCCUGCGUCUUAACCUCACGGUGAAAGCUAGUAGCUGCGUCGAGCCGGGCAGCAGCUUUAGUGACCCCCAGUGCUCGGGCAAAGGGAAAUGUGUCACACAGCUUUCAGAAAGCACUUUCUUCUGUGAGUGUGACGACAGCUACACUGGUAUUUUCUGUGAGGAAUUUGAUGCCUGUCAUCGCCGCCCUUGUCGUAACAAUGGCACCUGCACUGACGUUCGGCAAGGUGGCGAAGGACACAACUAUACGUGUACCUGUCAACCAGGUUAUGAAGGGGAACGCUGCCAAUUGCUGAUAAACCACUGCCUUUCUCAACCGUGUGAGAAUGGAGCCACCUGCUCCAACAGCCUGGCUGGGCCUAGGUGCUUCUGCCCUGAAGGAUAUCAGGGUGCCACAUGUGAGCAGAAGGUGGAUCCGUGUGUUUCUCGACCUUGCCACAACAAUGGAACCUGCUACCCUCAGGGUCCCAGCCCUUUGGGUUUUGGUUGCAGCUGCAUUUCAGGCUUCACCGGUCCUACGUGUGCCCAGUUGGUGGAUUUCUGUGCUUUGAACCCGUGUGCCCACGGAGUAUGUCGCAGUGCGGGCAACAGCUAUAGGUGUCUUUGUGUGCCAGGCUACCAUGGCUUGUACUGUGAGGAGGAGUACAAUGAGUGUUUGUCUGCACCCUGCCAGAAUUAUGCCACCUGCCGGGACCUCAUCAAUGCUUAUGAGUGUGUCUGCACACCACAGUUUGAAGGUAGACACUGCGAAAUUUACAAGGACCCCUGUCUGAAGAUGCGCUGCCUCAAUGGAGGUCACUGCGAGAGUGCAGGACUAAAUGCUUCCUGUACCUGCCCGCCUGGAUACACUGGCGAGCGGUGUGAAGUUGACAUCAACGAGUGUGAGAGCAACCCUUGUCAUCAUGGGGGCACCUGUAUUGACCAAUUGAAUGGCUACACCUGUCACUGUCACCCUGGUUGGGUGGGACCUGGCUGUGAGAUCCACCUGCAGUGGAAGCCGCCACACUCAGAAGAAACUCUGACCAACAUGCCCCGCCACUCUCUUUACAUCAUCAUAGGAGCUUUGUGUGUGGCCUUUGUCCUCAUGCUCAUCAUUCUCAUCGUGGGUAUUUGUCGCAUCAGCCGCAUUGAAUACCAGGGCUCCUCACGCCACGCUUACCAGGAGUUUUACAACUGCCGCAGCAUCGACAGCGAGUUCAGCAAUGCCAUCGCCUCCAUCCGCCACGCCAGAUUUGGCAAGAAAUCUCGGCCUGCCAUGUAUGAUGCCACUCCUAUCUGCUAUGAAGACUACAGUCCGGAUGACAAACCUUUGGUCACUCUCAUCAAAACGAAGGAUUUGUAA